AAAGUUCGGUUUAACGUUAAAGUUUCUCGUUAUAAUAAAUAAAGUAUUUAUUGUGUUAUAAGAGCUAUUGAAUCAUUAGAAUUAACUGUCGAGAGCUUUCAGCUUUCAUGAAAGUACAGAAACAAAUGCAUGAUUAAAAAGAUGUAUAGACAUUUAAAAAAUGAUAUCAAGUUUCGUUAAACAAUCUUUUAUACAAAUUAGCUUAUUUUACAUACUUAUUUUGAAAAUUGUAAUAAGUUGUGAUAAAUUGGAUGCUCGUGUUUCAUUAAAAGUGGAAGGAGCGGGAUUUCAUAGAGAUUUAAUAUAUCAAGUACAUGUCGAUCAAUUUAUAGAAGAAUGUUACGUAGCCAUUUAUUUACAACUUCCAUCUGCUUUAUAUGCUAAUGUUAAUGAAUUGACUAAUUUAAGAAGACUUGAAAUUAUUUCACAAUUUCAAAGUACAGUAUGUGCUAAUGGAGAGACUGACAUUGAGUUAUUUGCUGAGGAAGCACAGAUACAAACUGUAACUAUUUGCUCGAGAUUGAUUCGUGCAGGAUGUGUUUUAAAAGUUCCAAUACAUCAACGUUAUCAAUAUGCCAAUGAUAGUAAUAAAUAUAUAAACGUUACUUUACCAAACCCAACGCUCUUAUUAGGUUGUAAAGAAAGAAUCAAGGAUUAUAGAGUUUCUAAACUUGAUUUGUGUUCUCCAUGCGUAGAGAUUGUACCUAAGUGGAGAGAGAUUCCAUAUAUCAUGGAUAAGGAAAGGAUUGUGUGGACAAUACCAGUUGGUGAAACAACUAUGUCACUUGUAGUAACUGUUACCACAUUUUCAGUGAUUAUUAUAUGUACAAUAUAUCUUAUACAAACAAUUCGGAAAUCUAUGUCAACACAUUUUAAAAUCCAGUAACAUGUCUUAAAUACACUUGUUUGCAUAAUAUAA